AUACAGGAGUUUGUUUGGUUUUCGUUGUGAUGGGUGUGGAAAGUGUUCUCUGCUUCUAAUUCUGUUUGGGUUGAUAUGUAAACACGGGUUGUCAAUAAAGUUUCCUAAACCUCAAACGUUAUCACAUUGUGGGCAUGCGCGUUAGCUCAGUACUGCAGAGGAGUCCAACAGCAGUCCGCAACGUAAUGGAAUGUGGGUCUGUUGCUAUAUAAAUCUCUUUGUAAACAGAGCCGUAUCGUUGUCCUUUCUCGGUGUUUUGUUAGUUAACAUGCUCCUGUGUUCAGUCCGUCUUAUUCCGCAGCUCGUGAGGUAAUGGCUCCAGAGCGAUGAAGGACGCAGUCUAACCCGUUGAGGACAUAAAGUUACUCGGGUAGCCAUGGCCUCCUUAACCGUCACCUCGGCGGCUCGGAGCAUCGAGAAGCAUCGGAAGUCCUUCUCGCUGCUUUUCUACCGGGCUGUUAGAGACCUGAAGCCGGUCUGGAUGUUGGAGGACAUGCGAACGAUGGAGACGUUCUACCAGGAGGAGGACGCCAGUCAGAGGAUUUACACACCGUCGGAGGCGUUGCUCUACGCUAUAGUUCAUGAUCACCAGGCAUACGCCCAGUACCUGCUUAACCGGUACACGGACGAAGCGCUAGCAAAGCCCGGGGAGCGCUUCUGCUGCUGCCCGUCCUCCGCCCCACACCUUGCCAUGGCUGUCCGCUACGACAGGCGUUACAUUCUCGGCCUCAUCUUACAGGAGACUCACCGGAUACCCAGCGCGGCCUCCUACACAGACCGGGCCGGGUGUUUUCACACGGAGGACGGCAGAACCCCUUUACAUCUGGCCUGUGAGCUCCUGCGACCAGAGGCGGUGAUCAUGCUACUGGGGAACGGAGCAUCUCCGCACGCCCAGGACCACAGUGGCCUGACCCCGCUGGAUGUCAUUCUUGAGAAACUCAGGGACUCCCAGGAGGUGAACGGCGGGGAAAGGAGGCAGUGCUUGGACAACCUGCUCAUGUUCAUGCCAAAGGUUCACUUUAAAAUGAAAGGAGCUCUGGGCAGGGAGCCGGAGCGCUGGGGUAAGGUACUGGGUGAGGAGACGUACAAGUACCUGGCAGGGAGGAGUCCGGCGCCGCUGGUCCUCGCCGCUAUGCAGACUAUCCUGAAGCAACUGAGCCCUGCGACCUUCCCUGACAGCCUGCAUGAACUGCCCAUUCCCUCUUCCCUCAAACCGCCAGGUUUGCCUGUGAACCAGCGGGACAGGCAGGGGGUGGUGUAGCAUCAGUGUGACAUGAUGCAUGCUCCACUGUAUGAAAAGUGUUCAAUUUUAGCAUGCUCUGUGUAUGUGUGUGCGUGUGCGGGUGCGCGCGCGCGCGGUGUGUGUUUGAAAAGCCUGUUUAGCUAUAAAGCGGUGACACUUCAUCAUAGGGCUGUACAAAUUAACAAUUAACAGUCAGGGAACAAAUGAACGAAUCUAAUGAUGUGACUUUAAUCACACUGUCAGUCAACUUAUGUUAAGAACUAGAUGCUGGAAGUUGAUUGGACUGUAGAGGCAGCCAGCAGUGGGCAGAUGAAGGAAUCAGCCAUAUACUUUUUACACUAAUUCAAGCAUCAAUAAUCUGUUUAUUUGUCUAACCUCAUUCUAAAGUGUUACCUACAAAUACUACUGCUAUUUGAGCUACUGUAUCAUAUCAGCGGAGUAGAAACAUACUGCUGACAGUCUAUGUGAAAUGUGUUACUAUUGAUUUUAAUUUAUUUGGGUUGUAUUUAACAGUAAUGUUAAAGAAAGUGAUCUUAUAGAUCAUUUGAAAGCAGGUGACUUGAAAAGUCUUUGGAUGACUGGUUAUUUUUAAAUAAAUAGAAAUACAAAUGA